CGCCCGAGUAACGCCGCGGUCACCCACAGUGUUUGCAGAGGCCUACAAGUUUGGAUUCCUGUUAAUAGUACAAACUGACAGUGCAGCCCCUUCAGUUGAAGUGUUCUGAUCUCCAUUCACCGCUAUGUUACGACGAGGUUCGGAACUUGUCGUGGUACUAAUUGUCACACUGUCGAACCGCAGUUUUCAAAAAGCAAUCAGCAAUACAGCGCCUGCGAAGCCUCUCGAUUUCUACGUGAUGCAAACACGCGACCGGCAUGACCCAGAUCUCUGGUACUACAGUGGCAACUUUACGACCCUGUUCACGUGGACGAAUGACCAGGACGUUGACAUUAACUUUGCUUCGUGGAGCAGCCGCGGUGGCUGGAAGGAGAACGCAUACAUUUUUAGAGUAAAGCACUACUGCUCGGCCUUCAAGACCUACGCGCCUCAAGCCUGGCGGAAAAUCAUGGUGGCGGUCAAUGGUGACGCCGACGCUGACUGUCCGUGGCCGCCGGGCGUAUACCAUGUCCGAAACAUGUCAACGGACUUCCGAAUUCGUGCCAUGCCGGCCUUUUACUACGGCAAAUGGCGCCUCACAUUGCGACUUAUGGAGAACCACUAUCAAGACACGCUCGGGUGUUUCGUGGCGUACGCCGACACUGUGCCCAGAGGCGGAUUGUAA